CUACACCAGUGGGGAGCGCGUACGGGGCUGUCUCCCGCGCGCUUUAAGGUUGCUCGGGAGAUGCUGGAGCGCAAAGCCUGGCUGCUGCUGCUGCUGCUGCUACUACUGCUACUGCUGCUGCUGCACCUGGCGCGCUGAGCACCGUGCGGGUAGCCCCGAGGGCCAGCGGCGGUGCGGGUGCGCGGGUGGCAGACUGCGGUAGAAUGAAAGCCUGGCUCCUCCGGCGUUGCAAGCCACCGCUCCGGCGCGAUCAGGUGCUGGCAGCCAGCCGCCCGCCGCUCCACUAACUUGCCACUUGGUCGCAUCUGGUGUCUGCAUUUUCGGGUGGUGGUGGGGGGGCGGGGACAGUGGGGAGUCCGAGGAUCUGCGGUAGUGGAAAAGAGGGAUCCUGCAAAAGAGGGAGACUACUUGCCUCUGCUGCCGCUCUCCGUCCCCUCCCUGGCGCUGCCCUCCACCCCCCCUCCCCAACCCCACCGCUGCCGCCGCUGCUUCUCUCUUCCGCCAAUUCCGAGAGCGACGGGGCGUCUGUGACAUGCGAUCGCUUGCCAAGUGACGGUCCCCGAGUGUGAAGUGCCCGCGAGGAAGUGUGAGCUCCGACGCGGGCGGCAAGGGGAUGACAGCCAUGAAGCAGGAGCAGCAACCCACCCCCGGGGCCAGGGCAACCCAGUCGCAGCCAGCCGACCAGGAACUGGGAAGUAACAGCCCUCCACAAAGAAACUGGAAGGGAAUCGCCAUUGCCCUGCUGGUGAUCUUGGUAGUAUGUUCACUCAUCACAAUGUCUGUCAUCCUGUUAACACCAGAUGAACUAACAAAUUCUUCAGAAACAAGACUGUCACUAGAGGAGCUUUUGGGGAAAGGAUUCGGACUUCAUAAUCCAGAAGCUCGGUGGAUCAAUGAUACAGUCGUGGUAUAUAAAACCAACAAUGGACACGUCAUGAAACUGAAUACAGAAUCAAAUGCUUCCACAUUGUUAUUGGACAACUCAACUUUUGUAACGUUUAAAGCCUCCAGACACUCACUUUCCCCAGAUUUAAAGUAUGUUCUCCUGGCAUAUGAUGUCAAGCAGAUUUUUCAUUACUCAUUUACCGCUUCAUAUUUGAUUUACAACAUACACACUGGGGAAGUGUGGGAGUUGAAUCCCCCAGAAGUUGAGGACUCAGUGUUGCAGUAUGCGGCCUGGGGUGUGCAAGGACAGCAGCUGAUUUAUAUUUUUGAAAACAAUAUCUACUAUCAACCUGAUAUCAAGAGCAGUUCUUUACGACUAACAUCUUCAGGAAAGGAAGGCAUUAUUUUUAAUGGGAUUGCUGACUGGUUAUAUGAAGAAGAACUUCUGCAUUCUCAUAUCGCCCACUGGUGGUCACCCGAUGGAGAGAGGCUUGCCUUCCUGAUGAUAAAUGACUCCUUGGUGCCUAACAUGAUCAUACCUCGGUUUACUGGAGCACUGUACCCCAAAGCAAAGCAGUACCCAUACCCCAAGGCAGGUCAAGCGAACCCAUCAGUGAAGUUAUAUGUUGUAAACCUGUAUGGACCAACUCAUACAUUGGAGCUGAUGCCACCCGACAUUUUUAAAUCAAGAGAAUAUUACAUCACCAUGGUUAAAUGGGUGAGCAACACCAGGACAGUGGUCAGGUGGUUGAAUCGGCCUCAGAACAUCUCCAUCCUCACAGUCUGUGAAUCUACCACCGGGGCAUGCAGUAGGAAAUAUGAGAUGACGUCCGACACCUGGCUCUCUAAACAGAACGAGGAACCAGUGUUUUCCAGAGAUGGAAGCAAGUUCUUCAUGACUGUUCCUGUUAAACAAGGUGGAAGAGGAGAAUUCCACCACAUAGCUAUGUUCCUGGUCCAGAGUAAAAGCGAGCAAAUUACGGUGCGGCAUCUGACAUCGGGAAACUGGGAAGUGAUAAGGAUCUUGGCCUAUGAUGAAACAACUCAAAAAAUUUACUUUCUGAGCACAGAAUCGUCUCCCCAAGGGAGGCAACUAUACAGUGCUUCUACUGAGGGACUAUUGAAUCGUGAUUGUAUCUCAUGCAACUUUAUGAAAGAAGAUUGCACGUAUUUUGAUGCCAGCUUUAGUCCCAUGAAUCAACAUUUCUUGUUAUUCUGUGAAGGUCCAAAGGUCCCAGUGGUCAGCCUUCACAUCACAGACAACCCAUCAAGGUAUUUCCUCUUGGAAACCAAUUCUGUGAUGAAAGAAACUAUUCAGAAGAAGAAGCUCGCAAAGAGAGAGACUAGAAUACUUCACAUUGAUGACUAUGAACUUCCUUUACAGUUGUCCUUUCCCAAAGAUUUUGUGGAGAAAAACCAGUAUGCUCUUCUAUUAAUAAUGGAUGAAGAACCAGGAGGCCAAAUGGUGACAGAUAAGUUCCAUGUUGACUGGGAUUCAGUUCUUAUUGACACCGAUAAUGUCAUUGUAGCAAGAUUUGAUGGCAGAGGAAGUGGAUUCCAGGGCCUGAAAGUUUUGCAGGAGAUUCACAGAAGAAUAGGCUCAGUAGAGGCAAAGGACCAAGUAGCCGCUGUAAAGUAUUUACUGAAACAGCCAUAUAUUGACUCCAAAAGAUUAAGCAUUUUUGGAAAGGGAUAUGGGGGCUACAUCGCCUCAAUGAUCUUAAAAUCAGAUGAGAAGUUUUUCAAAUGUGGAGCCGUGGUUGCGCCCAUCUCAGACAUGAAGUUGUAUGCCUCAGCUUUCUCUGAACGGUACCUUGGCAUGCCAUCAAAGGAAGAAAGCACUUACCAGGCAUCCAGUGUACUGCAUAACAUUCAUGGUUUAAAAGAAGAAAAUUUAUUAAUAAUUCAUGGAACUGCUGAUACAAAAGUUCAUUUCCAGCAUUCAGCAGAAUUGAUCAAGCAUCUGAUAAAAGCUGGGGUGAAUUACACUCUUCAGGUCUAUCCAGAUGAAGGAUAUCACAUUUCAGACAAGAGCAAGCAUCAUUUUUACAGCACAAUUCUCAGAUUCUUCAGUGAUUGUCUAAAGGAAGAGGUAUCUGUGCUGCCACAGGAACCAGAAGAAGAUGAAUAAUGGACUUCACUUAUACAGAGCUGAAGGGAAUAUUGAGGCUCAAUGAAACUGAACCAAGAGACUGUCUUGUUGUAGACGCUCCAGAAUUCUAAGGGCAGCUUGAGGAGAUAAACCUGGAACAGCACACUCAGACAGUGAACUAGACCUUGGAGACAGACAUCCACACUACUGUGCUGCCAAGGGUGCAGAAGGUGUUUCAUUGUAAACGGAAGUUGCAAGGGUUGGUUUCCUGGGGAAAAAAUUAGUUUCACAUUAAAGUAGGAAUAGUGCAUGUUUCCUUCCGUUAUCCCCUUUUGUUCUGUGACUAGUUACCCUCACUUUGAUUUCAAUGGUCAUGAUCACCUUUGCAUAAAGUGCAUAACGUACCAUCAGUACCACAGUCCCUGAUCUUUGAUGGCUGAGCUGCAAUCUAACAUGUUAAUGUAUCUUUAUAAUAAGUGCAAUUUUCUCAUUGUCUAUUAUUAUGCUUAAGAAAAUAUUCAGUUAAUAAACAAAAAGCAGAGUAUUUUACAUAAAGUUCUGUUUUUAAAAAGGAAUUAUUAAAUGAGUCAAGGCUAUGUAGAAAUAUGGAUUUCAGCACCUUCCAAAGUUCAGGCAGUUGUCAGUAGAUAGAAUACUUUUAAAUCAACACACACGAGUGUUUGUCUCACAGUAUAAUAUAAAUAUAUAUAUACACGCACGUGUGCAUAUGCAGACAGUGAGUCUAUCUUUAUAUGUUACUCAUGCUACAAAGGGUAAACUUUAAUGAAUUACAGUGGCUACUCUUUUACAGGCUGCAAUGGAUGCUUCUUUAAUGAGCCAAAUAUGAUGAGACCCUUUUGUUUCCAGUUCAGAUUCUAGCAAUUGCUUUCCUAUAAAUGUUUGGGUUAUGUUUGGUAUUGUUUCUAGUGGUUAAUAGUUUUCUAGUUGCAGUUUACUUUUUUGAAUAUGAUAUCUUGUCACAUGUAAAUUAGAUAUUAAAUAUUAAAUUAUAGUUUCUGAUAAAGAAAUUUUGUUAAACAAAUGCAAUGCCACUGAGUGGCAUUUUGCUCUCUUGGUGGAGAAGGCUUUUUUAAACACUCAAACCUUUUACUUCAAAUUCUCCGUGCAGUAAAGUCAAUUCUCAUUUUCAUUAUAAAAGCAGAAAUAAGAAUUAAUUCAUUUUUCCCAGAGUCUACUCAGCAUUCCAUGCCUGCUCAAUGCAUCUAUUGCUGUUUAACUAAGCCCUUACUAUAAGAAUUAAAAGAAAUCAUUUUUAUUCAUUGCCCCUCACCCCCAGAACACAAACAGCAGUAUGUGGUAUUGCAUUUCAAUGGACAGGACAUGGGGUACUAAAUCCUACAGUGUGUCAGUUUGGAGCAAUUAGUAACUGAGAAUGAAAAUUAAACUUAACUGUGUGAAGUUUCAGUCAUGAGAGGGCAGACAGCUAUGGUGACUGAAGUUGGGUGUGUUUUCAGUCCAUAUAACAGAUCUUCCAGAAGAUGUUGGAAAGUCUGAAACCAAAGUCUGAUGCUCAGAAAAAUCCCAGUGGUCUAAUGUCUUUUCACAGCCUAAAUCUGAUCUUUGGGAAAGCUGGGUUUCUCUGUCCUCUGAAAACCAGGAAGAAAAUUUUAAAGUAAAGAAUUUCUUCAGCCACCCUACGCUUUAUCAACUGCACAGCCUGGGAUUCUAAGGUGUGGAUAUGAAAGCUGGUUCUCCCUCUUUUUUCUUCAGUGCUUUGGAAUUGUGUCUUCACUGCUCCAUUAGAUUCAAUUUAAUAAGGGAAAGAUGCCCUCUCCAGAAAGACCCAUUUUAGGUCUUUUUCAAAGGAUAGUGAACACAUUUUUUAACAAAAUAGGUUGUAAUGUUUCCAAGGAAAGUUUUGCCUAUUUUAUUAAGAUGGAAGUUUCUUUUUAGGCUGAUUUGAAGUCCAACUGAAGCUUUUUAAUCAAUAUUUUAGAAUUCAACCACUAGAGAUUUUUAUGAUGCAAAAAAUUAUGUUGUCUGAAAGAUGUGGUUUUAUUGAAUGUCUAUUUGAGUAACAUUUAAAAAGUGUUUACCUUUUCCUGUCCAUCAUUUCUCUUGUUUAUGGUUAUUAUCAAUGUUUAUCUAUUUUUUGAUUUAUUUAAUACAGUUUGUAAUGUGAAAGUCA